AUCACGUGACUUCAGGGAAAGAGAAACUGAAGUGUAGUUGAGCUGUUGUGUGUUUGUGUCUCUGUAUUCAUGCAGUAAAAUGGCAGAAGCCAGAGUUUCUCAGGAUGAAUUCUUGUGUGCAGUGUGUCUGGAUCUCCUGAAGGAUCCAGUGGCCAUUCCCUGUGGACACAGUUACUGUAAGAGCUGUAUUACAGGCUGCUGGGAUCAGGAGGAUCAGAUGAGAGUCUACAGCUGCCCUCAGUGCAGACAGACCUUCAGUCCAAGACCUGCUUUAGCUAGAAACACCAUGCUGGCUGAAGUGGUGGAGAAACUGAAGAAGACCAAUCUUCCUGCUGACUGUUACGCUGGAGCUGGAGAUGUGCAGUGUGACGUCUGUACUGGAAGAAAAUACAAAGCUGUCAAGUCCUGUCUGGUGUGUCUGAACUCUUACUGUCAGAAUCACCUCGAACAACAUGAGAGUUUCUUUAAAGGAAAGAGACACAAUUUGAUUGAAGCCACUGGACGACUGCAGGAGAUGAUCUGCCAGAAACAUGAGAAGAUCCUCGAGGUUUUCUGUCGCACUGACCAGAAAUGUAUAUGUAUGCUGUGUACGAUGGAUGACCAUAAAAACCACGACACUGUAUCAGCUGCAGCACAGAGGACAGAGAAACAGAAGGAGCUGAAGGAGACGCAGAAGACGCUCCAGCAGAGAGAGAAAGAUCUUCAGCAGCUGAGAGAGGCUGUGGAGUCUCAUAAGCGCUCUACACAGACAGCAGUGGAGGACAGUGAGAGGAUCUUUACUGAGCUCAUCCGCUCCAUUGAGAGAAGCCGCUCUGAGCUGAUACGGCUGAUCAGAGAUCAGGAAAAGCAAGCAGUGAGUCGAGCUGAAGGACGACUGGAGCGACUGGAGCAGGAGAUCAAUGAUCUGAGGAGGAGAGACGCUGAGCUGGAGCAGCUUUCACACACACAGGAUCACAUCCAGUUCCUGCAGAGUUUGCCGUCUCUCUCAGCUCCUCCUGAAUCUACAGACGUAAACAAUGAUCUUUUCAGUUCUCUCGUCUCAUCUGAUACUCUGAGAGAAUCUGUCCAUCAGCUGAGAGACAAACUGGAGGAUUUCUGCAAAGAGCAGCUCAAGAAGAUCUCAGACAGAGUCACAUUCACCAACAUUGUUCCCAGGACCAGAAACAACUUCCUACAAUCUGGGGCAUAUUACUACACCCAGCCCCAGUUCACGCCCCCUUUUGCCCCGGCACCCAUCAUCAUGAAUCCCGCCCUCCAGCAGCAGCAGGCCCCGCCCCCUCAAAUUCAGCAAGCUCCGCCCAGACGGGAACGCAAGUCGAUCAGGAUCUUUGACCCUAAUCAGGGAGGACGUGACAUCACAGAAGAGAUCAUGGCACGAGGUCGCAGUGGCUCCACACCUACACCUCCACAGGUAAUGAGCACACACAGGGGUGGCGCCAGAGAAUUUUGAACGCAGGUGCUGAGGGGGUGCUAGAUCAAUGACAGGGGGAGCUGGGCAAUUAAUAGUAAAUAUGACCAAAACAGGUUGUUAUUAUUAUUUUUUAUAUGAAUAAUGAAAUCGCUAUAUAAGCGCAUUUCAAAUGUUAAUGAGGAGUGUGGGAGUAUUAUCGUGCUUACUGUAUGACAUGGGGCGCCCGCGCAAUCUUUUUUUUUUUCUUCCUGCAGAAAGAACUUAAAAUAGCCUACUCCUGUAAUUUUGGAUGUGCUUUCUGUCGUCUCAUGCAGUCUCCAUGAAUGAAGCGCGUCACAACAAUGAACCAGCUCACAGACAUGAGAAAUAAAUCUGCAGAAAGCUUGAAAACCAAUUAAAAAAAAAAAAAAAUCUUCUCUUAUUAUAAAGGCAUGUCCUCUGUGGAGAUGCAAGUCAGCGCCGGCAUUCAGCAACUUCAUCUUUGCAGCAGACACUGACUGAGAAAGCAUUAGUUUAUUAAAGGGGUCAUAUCAUGACACUAUUUUAAAGAUCAUUAUUUUGUGUAUUUGGUGUAACAGAAUAUGUUGACUGCUUUAAUGUUCAAAAAACAUAUUAUUUUUCAAAUACUGUAUGUUAUUGUAGGUCCUCUAUGCCCGGCCUCUCUCAAAUGCGUAGUUUUCUACAAAGCCCCUCCUUCCAACAAGCGCAGUCUGCUCUGAUUGGCCAGCUGACACAAUGCAUUGUGAUUGGCCGAACACCACAAGAACAUGUCGGAAAUACAACGCCCCCUACUAUAAUCAUGAGCUUCAACAUUCAAAGUAAAUAUAAAGACAUAAAUAUAAUGUCGUUAGUUUUACCAUCAGUUCAAGUUCAGUAGCAAAUACUUAAACUAAUAACAAAACAUACUUAUAGUUGCUGAUUCAGAAGCGCCAGAUUGUCAGAGCAAAGUCGGAAUUGACCCUUUUAUUUUUUUUAGAAAUAGCCUUCGUGCACAGCCAGCCUUGUACUCUGCUAGGUUCAUGAAACUGUUGUCCAUAAAAUGCAUUGCACAAAUUCGAACAUUUGGGUUGUGCUGUUCUGUUGUAAACACUUUUGUAAAUACUUUUGGAAGACCAAAUAAAGUGCUUUUGCUUUCGCAUAGAAACACACAGCGCCUCCCUGACACGGCUGCAUCAACACUACUGCGGUUAC